UUUAGUGCUGCAUGGUUGCAGCCAAGGCAUAUAAAAGCAUUUGCUUGAUACUAAAGCAAGCCAACAAUCCUUCCUAUGGCCGGAAACAAGAUGGAUCUCCUCCAACUCAUGCUCCUAUUGCAACUAUGGAUUGGGGUUCUCACCCUGACAGAGGCAGUGCGUUCUCUGGAUGAAGGGGUGCUAACUCUGACAGCUCCGGUGAGCUCAGGCAACGAUUCCGACCCGCCGGUGAGAGGAGAUAUUUAUUCUAAUGGUAAAAUCUAUGACAUCACCCACUUGAUCAAUCCCAAAAUGCCGAAAUGGGGGAGUCCUGAUGGGAUGGGACAAGUGGUAACCAUUAUUGAUGAUAUGCAAGAGGGUGCAGAAGCUUAUACUUCAGAGAUGGAUCUUCCUUCUCACACUGGAACACAUGUUAAUGCUCCAUCUCAUUUUUUUGAAGACUACUUUGAACAAGGCUUUGACACUAGCACUCUUAGUUUGAAGACUCUUAAUGGUCCAGCGCUGGUCGUUGAUGUUCCUAGGAACACUAACAUAACUGCUGAAGUAAUGAGGAAUUUGCAAAUUCCUCAAGGAAUUCAUCGCCUUCUUUUCAGAACUUUAAACACUGAUAGGAAGCUUAUGUACCAAUCUAAGUUUCAUUCAGACUAUGUUGGAAUCACGGGGAAUGGAGCAAAUUGGAUUGUUGAUAACACAAACAUCAAACUUGUCGGCAUUGAUUACUUGUCCAUUGCUACCUAUACUGAUGCUGUUCCAACACAUCACGCAUUAUUGAGAAGCAGGGAAAUUGUAAUUGUGGAAGGGUUAAAACUUGACAACGUUAAAGCAGGAAUAUAUGAUCUGCAUUGCUUGCCUCUGAGGGUGCUUGGUGCUGAGGGAACACCUGCAAGAUGCAUUCUCAUGUCUUCAAAUUUUCAGGCUUCUGAUUUUAUGUCAAAGGACUUUGUGCCUUUAUUAUGACUAUAAAUAAAGCCGAUUAAUCCAAACAAUUCAAAUAUUUACAUUUUAAUUUAAUUAA